AUGUCGUCGUCAAAUUCCGCUUCGAGGAAAACGGACCUUAACAGCCAGAGCUGGUAUGCUGCUGAGGACUUGCCAGAGGUUGAAGACGCCAGCGGUGGCACAGGUCUCGAAGUCGUACAGAGAAAGUGGUUGGAGACUUUUGUCAGCUUCUCGGGAUACGACGCCAUCAGACAGAACGUCAUUGCGUUGAUGAGCAUAUACAUAUACCGGCUUCACGACGAGCGACUCUGGAACAUCCAGACCAAAGGAGAUCUCAUCGUCCAGAACAGCUCCCGAAUCAAGACCCGCGCUCAGUCCAAGAAAGAGCCGGAUCAGUUCUCGAUCACACCAGUCUCAUGA